UCAUUUGUGCUUACAAUGAACACGGCAGACUAUGACGACGUCACCAAAUUUCUGGGAGAAUGGGGACCUUUUGAAAAACGGAUCGCAUUACUCCUCUGUAUAAGCGUAAUUCCUAACGGGUUGUCUGCUUUUACCAUUGUGUUCAUUGCUGACCCGCCAUCGCACCACUGCUUGAUACCACCAAACGCCAAUAUUAGCGCCGAAUGGAGAAACUAUUCUAUUCCACUGGAAGAAGAUAAUGGGGAGAUGCGGUACAGCAAAUGCACCCGAUACAAACUGGACGUAAUAAAGCGUCUUUCAGACAACGGAUCCGUGCCUGGAAUCGACGUGAACGUCACUGAAAUAGAACACGAAAGCUGUAAGGAUGGAUGGCAUUACGACCGAUCAAUUUACAUUUCAACCAUCGUGUCUGAGUGGGAUCUGGUGUGUGGUGAUGCAUGGAAGGUCCCCAUGACCUCUUCUAUGUUUUUCUUUGGAUUGAUGGCUGGAUCCAUAAUUUGUGGACACCUGUCUGACAGGUUUGGGAGGAAAAUCACACUGUUUGCAACAAUGGGAGUUCAGACUUUGUUCAUAUUCUUCCAGAUUUUUUCCACAUCCUGGUUCAUGUUCUCUGCAUUUUACUUUUUCGUUGGGAUGGGUGGAAUUUCUAACUAUAUGGCAGCAUUUGUCCUAGGAACAGAAAUUCUUCCUCCAUGCAUUCGGAUCAUAUUCUGCACUGCGGGAGUGUCAAGUUUUUUUGCCAUUGGCUACAUGUUGCUUCCCCUGACGGCCUUCUUCAUCAGAGACUGGAAAAUGCUGCUGAUCGCCAUCAAUGUCCCAGGAGUUUUCUAUUUCGUCUUUUGGAGGUUGAUCCCGGAGUCCCCUCGAUGGCUUCUCUCUCAGGGCCGGGUGGAGGAGGCGGAGGCCAUUUUGAGAGGCGCCGCCAAGAUGAACAGAGUCGCAGCCCCGGAGGUCAUCUUUCAGCCUCUCCAGGUAGAACACAAAGGGGAAAAAGUGAACCGCCACAACAUCUGUGAUCUUGUGAAGUCCAACAACAUCCGCUGGAUCACGAUCAUAUUGAGCUUCGUGUGGUUGGUGAAUGCCAUUGGGUACUUUGCUUUAUGCUUGAACACCUCCAAUCUGUCUGGGAACCCCUUUUUGAACUGUUUCUUCUCGGCGGCUGUUGAAGUCCCAGCCUACAUUUUGGCCUGGCCCCUAUUUCGCGCUUUCCCAAGGCGAUUGUGUGUCGUUCCCAUGCUGGUUCUCUCUGGGGUAGUACUACUGUUUACUCAACUCAUACCAACAAAUUUGAGUUCAGUAUCGAUUGCACUGGAGAUGAUGGGGAAAUUUGGGGUCACAAUGGCUUUCACCAUCUUGCUCCCCUACACGACGGAGCUGUACCCCACAGUACUGAGGAACACCGCAAUGGGCAUCUGCUCCAUGGCUUCUCAGCUGGGUGCCAUUGCUGCACCCUACUUCCUCUAUCUGGGAACCGAUUCCAAGUCCAUGCCGUACAUAUUAAUGGGGAGCCUUGGUGUUUUUGGGGGGUUGUUUAGCAUCCUGAUUCCUGAGACCUACGGUUUGCCCCUCCCCGAGACCAUCGAUCACAUGCAGACUUUUCAAUGGUGUAAAAAGAGACAAACAUCAAAAAAUGUAACCAGUGAUUCUACACCAGUGGAGAAUGUCUCAAUGUUGUCAUGACACUUUACUACACUAAAAUGUUGGAUAUUGGGUUAUAUAAAGAUGGAAUUCAAUU